AUGCGCGGGACCAGCAGAAGGUGCAAAAGGAACAAAUGCCCACAGCCGCACCUCCUCCUCGCGGGUACCGCCGGCCCGUACCGUGAACAGCUCACGGCUAGGAUUGACGUUCUUCGGGGAAUUAUGGAGCACUCUAGAGCGGAGGAGGCUUUCCCGAUGUUCCGACUGACGCGAGACGAAGACGGGAGCACUAUCUAUGCCUUCUUACUACGCAUCGACAGGAGCUCCACCCACAUGGGAAUGGAACAGGCUCAGUGGGGUAACGAGUUCAUGGGGGACCUAGCGGGUCCACUUUUUCUGUACUGGACGUAUUUUCAGAAAAUAUAUAGGCUUAAGACGUUGGAAAUUGGUGAAACAACAUGA